CUGUCUAGCCUGACUCCUCCUUGCAGCCCCACCCUCCCCUCUCAUGCGCUCCCGCCCCUCUCUCUCUCUCUCUCGCUCCUCAGCAGUAGGUACAUGUGUGGUGAGACAGCUAGGAAAGCAGUUCAGGGCACGAGCCAAAGGCGCACACACACACACACACACCCACUAGCAGAGAGCAGGACUGCAUUAUUCAACGGAUCCUCUUCUCUACGAUCCUCUGGGACAGUGACUCACCCCCUUCUGCACAUUUGCUGAGCCAUUAUUACCAUGGAAACCCCGAGCACGAAACGCACCACCCGUGGGACCCCCUCCGUCUCCCCGGCCCGCAUCACCAGGCUGCAGGAGAAGGAGGACAUGAUCAACCUCAACGACCGGCUGGCCAUCUACAUCGACAAGGUGCGCUCCCUGGAGUCGGAGAAUGCCGGACUGCGUCUGCGCAUCACCGAGUCGGAGUCCUCCAUCACCCGCGACAUGUCGGGCAUUAAGGGGGCCUACGAGGCCGAGCUGGCCGACGCCCGCAAGACCCUGGACCAGGUGGCCAAGGAGCGAGCACGCAUGCAGCUGGAGCUGAGCAAGCUGAGGGAGGACCACAUGGAGCUCAAAGCCAGGAAUGGUAAGAAGGAGUCUGACCUGGAGGCGGCUCUGAUCCGGCUGAGGGACCUGGAGGCCCUGCUGAACUCUAAAGAUGCCGCCCUAUCCACUGCCAUCGGGGAGAAGCGGACCAUGGAGGCUGAGUUGAAGGAGCUCAAGGCCCAGCUGGCCAAGUUGGAAGGCAGCCUAGCCGAUACCAAGAGGCAGCUGCAGGAUGAGAUGCUGAGGAGAGUGGACGCCGAGAACCGCCUGCAGACCAUAAAGGAGGAGCUGGAGUUCCAGAAGAACAUCUACAACGAGGAGCGGCGUGAGGCCCGGAGUCGCAAGGAAUUUAGCAUGGAGGAGACAUCCAACACGCGGCAGCGGGACUUUGAGAGCAAGCUGGCCGAAGCCUUGAUCGAGAUGAGAGCCCAACAGGAGGAGCAGGUCCGCCUCUACAAGGAGGAGGUGGAGAGGACCUACAACUCCAAGCUGGAGAACGCUCGUCAUUCAGCUGACAGCAACAGCCACAUGGUGGGAGCCGCUCACGAAGAGCUGCAGCAGACCCGCAUGAGAGUGGAGGGCAUGUCCAGCCAGCUCAGCUUGCUGCAGAAACAGCUGGCAGCGAGCGAGUCCAAGGUGCGGGAGCUGGAGGAGGCUAUGUCAAGGGAGCGAGACAUGAUGCGGCGGCGGAUGGAGGAUAAAGAGCGGGAGAUGGCCAAUAUCCGGGCUCGGAUGCAGCAGCAGCUGGACGAGUACCAGGAGCUGCUGGACAUCAAACUGGCCCUGGACAUGGAGAUUAGUGCGUACAGGAAGCUGCUGGAGGGAGAGGAGGAGAGGCUGCAUAUGUCACCCGGCUCUACACCCGGCACCAAGGUCACAGUGACGAAGACCUCCGGCUCCAGCCACGGCCACACCAGCCGCCUCGUCCAGUCCUCUGGCUCAGGUCACAGCCACACCAGCCGCCUCCUCCACGGCACCGGCACUGGCACCGCCACCGCCACCGCCACCAGCAGCCGCAACUCCUCCGGCACAGCCACCACCAAGAAGCGCCGCCUCAAUGACAACGACAGCGAUACGUCCAGCAUGGUGGGCGGCACUGUGACCAAGACUCGCAUUAGUCAGCAAGCCUCAGCCAGCGGCCGCAUCACAGUGGACGAGGUCGACCUGGAGGGCAAAUUCAUCCGUCUGAGCAACAAGGCUGAUGAGGACCAAUCUCUGGGUAACUGGCAGGUGAAGAGACAAAUAGGAAGCUCCACUCCCAUCAUCUACAAGUUUCCCCACAAGUUCACUCUGAAGGCCGGAGCAAAUGUCACUAUCUGGGCUGCUUCCGGCGGUGGAACCCACAACCCCCCCUCCGACCUGGUGUGGAAGCACCAGAUUUCCUGGGGAACCGGCGACCUCCUGCAGACCUCCCUCAUCAGCGCCAACGGAGAGGAAAUGGCCAUGAGGAAAGUGACACGUACCCUGUUCCGUGAUGAUGAAGACGAUGGAGCUCACAGCACGAGUGAUGGAGACAACGAGUACAACCUCCGGAGCCGCACGGUGAUCUGCAACUCCUGCGGGCAGACGUCGGACCGCUCAAGCUGCGGGGGUCUACCUGAGGGCAUCGUGGGACUACACUCUUUCAUGGGGACCAACGAGCCCAGAAAGGGCCGUGGCAAGCCGGAGAACUGCUCCGUCAUGUAAAAACCAGACCGCACCUCACCUGAACCAACACCUCCUGCAGCCUACAAAGGACAAUACUCAUUUUCCAAUGUUUGGUUGUUAAUCUUUACUUUUUUUUAUAUUACCUAAUUUUUUUGUAUUCAGAUUAAUCUGCAGGUUAGAAUUGCUUUGAGGUUUUUGGGCGUAAAGGGCACAGGAUUUUCAUAUUUAGCUUUUUUGAGUUUUAUAUUCAAGUUAUGUUAUUGCAUGUGUGCUGUGCUAAUGCUUGUCCUGCUCUUCUUGCACACUCUUUUUUUCUCUCUCUCUCACACACACACACACACACACACACACACACACACACACACACACACACACACACACACACACACAGCUCCAUUGACCAGUGCUUGUGCUUCGAGCCGAAGUUUCACAUUUAAUGGCCAUGCUGUCAACACUCAACACGCACAGCUAGUGAACCCCUUCAGGAAUACGCCUCCACAGCCACACAGACAGGAGAAUUAGUCCUGUGGGGUUUGUCAAUCAUGUUUAUCGUCCAUCAAAUUGAUCGAAUCUUUAUUUAAGAUGUUGUUGAUGUUUACAAUCUAAAUAUCAGUAUUGUGCUGUAUGCCACAGGGAAAAUGCAUGUAGUUUUUGUUUUGAUAAAGUAUGCUGUAAAAGAAAGCCAAAGUUCUUUAAGCUCAGGAUGUUCAGCAGAUUAUAUUUUUUCACCUUUUAGCCUUAGACAAACAUGUCUUAGUACAUAUUUUUUAUGUGGAUUUAGAUCAUAGAUGGGCUGCUAUGGUGCACACGGAGAAAAUAAUUAUAUGAGAUGAAUAUAUUUUUUUCUGUAAUUCACAGCUUCGGGCCAGAGAGAUGUAUUUGGUAAUGAACGUGUAUGAAAAUAGGGAAUUAUUGUUUACUGGAUAUGUUGAAUGUUAUAAAAUCUCAGUUGGACAUUCAAAUGUGUUGCUUAAUAAGUAACUCCAAAGGUGUUUUGUCAUGAUGAUGGGAAAAUGUAGGAUUUGUGUUCUACCUGGAGAAAUAUCAGAAAUAAGUACUAUGUUUUGAAUCUCUACUGGUGCCGCACAUAAAGUAUAUAUUUGUAGGAAUUUACAGCUUAUUCAACCAAAUGAACAUUUUUCCAAUAUAGAGCUGGUGCAGCUGUUUACAGAGUGCAAUAGUUAUUUUUUUGGAAACAUUUUAACACGCUUUUUUUACAGACUAAAAAACUAAAACAAAUGUGCCUUUAGAGAAAACCACAAUCACUGUUCUUUGGGCACUCGCCUCAUAUCACAGUCUUGUGACUGUCAGCUGUCCAAUUUGUGUUGCUCCUAACAAACUGGUCAUAAGGGCUUUUUUUUUUUUUCCCUCUUUAAGCUUACUGACUGCAAAUCCCCAGGCAUGAUUUUGGGAAGAGAGAUUUUGGGCUUUCUGUACUUUGUAACUUUGGCUUCAUGCACUGCUUUUAUUGAGGGCCUCGCUAAAUAUGCACAGUAGGUAGAUUUGUACUGUAGUCUGGCAGCUUAAGUCAUUUAUACUCAAAAGCUCUGCCAACAUUUACAGAAAAUACUUGAUAGCUUUCGAUGUUUUUUGUUUGUUUUGUAUUGUACUAUUUGUGCCACAUUAGAUUAUUUUAUUUUUUGCCUUAAUGAGAUGUCUGAUUUUGACACUAUGAUCCCCAAAGUGCCUUAAAAAGUCUAACAAUUGUUAGUUAGAGAAAUGACCAGCUUAAAAGAUAACAAAGAUUUAUAAUUGACAGACUUGAAAUUAAAUUGUGAAAUAUAUGCAACUAUUAACUGAAUAAUCCCCCUCAAAACGGAUCAUUUAAAUGGUGUGUUCAGGGUUUUUCAGAGGCCUGUCUGACAGAUUAUAAAGCAGAGAAACUACUUCCUGUACUAAACUUCUUGUAGACAGCUCUUUAACAUUUAUAUGCAAUGUUGGUUCAAGUUAAUGAAGAAAUCAAUACACUAACAUAGUCAGAAUUUACGGGACAAAAAGUCUUGAAAGGCCUUCGUGAAAUCGUGAACCCUCUUAAAGUCUAGAUUGAGGCCUCAGGAAUCUUUUGAAGGACUUGAGGAUUCAAAAUUUUACUGAAUGGGAUUUCUUGUAUCGAGCCUUUAAUGCCAAAGUUGUAAUUUGAUUGAUGUAGGAUUCGUGUCAAUCAUAAUGAUGUUAACAUUAUGAAAAAGCCAUUGAGAUGAUGUAAUGAAUGGUUGUUGUUCUUCUUUGCUUUUCUAAAAUAAUUCGGAGUAAAACUCUUUUUUUUUUUUUCCAGUGACUGACUGUUGUU